AGAGAGCAGGAGCGCACGGACAGAGACUGGGGAGCAGCCCAGCAGAGCAGAGCGCAGCCCAGCCGUAGGGGUCCUGCAGCGCGCCCCUCCGAAGCCCAGGCCUGGGGCUGCGGUCUCUCUCCUCUCCCGCCUCCUCCUCUCUCCCCUCUUCCUCCUUCUCCUCCCCCUCUGCCCACCAGCUGCUCCUUUCUGCUAAAGCCACCCCCGUUCUAACCGUGGCCAUGUCGUCUGUGGCACUGGAGAUCCUGGGUCUGGGGCUGUGCAUCGUGGGCUGGGUGGGCAUCAUCGUGGCGUGCGGGCUGCCCAUGUGGCAAGUGUCCGCCUUCCUGGAGAGCAACAUCGUGACGGCGCAGACCAUCUGGGAGGGCCUGUGGAUGAACUGCGUGGUGCAGAGCACGGGCCAGAUGCAAUGUAAGGUGUACGACUCGGUGCUGGCGCUCAAGCCCGAGGUGCAGGCGGGCCGCGCGCUCACGGUGCUCGUGGCGCUGCUGGGGCUCGUGGCGCUCAUGGUGACCGUGGCGGGCGCGCAGUGCACCACGUGCGUGGCGCCCGGCAAGGUCAAGGCGCGGGUGGCGGCCGCCGGCGGCGCCCUCUACGUGAUCUGCGGCAUCUUGGCGCUCGUGCCCCUCUGCUGGUUCGCCAACAUCGUCAUCAGCGAGUUCUACGACCCCACCGUGCCCACGUCGAAGAAGCGCGAGAUGGGCUCGGCGCUCUACAUCGGCUGGGCGGCCACGGCGCUGCUGCUGCUCGGGGGCGGCCUCGUCUGCUGCGGCGCCUGCUCGGCCGCAGCCCGCGAGGAUCUCCCCUUCCCCGUGAAGUACUCGGCUCCGAGACGGCCCACGGUCAACGGGGACUACGACAAGAAGAACUACGUCUGAGCUGCGCGGAGGCCGGGGGAGCGCAAGGGACCGGGCUGGAGGACAGGGCGCGGGCGCACAGAACCCGCCUGCAGCCCGGCGCUCGAAGCGCAGGACCUGGGGGCUCAUGGGCGCCACCCGUGCCCCCUCCGACUGCCCAGGGCCAUCCUCUCCAGAGCCCGGGAAACGGACAGCCAAAGAGCCAUCUGAGGACCUGUGGGAGGGUAGGCUUUGGGCUGUGGGCACCCCCACCCCGCAUCCCCGCGAAUGCCCAGAGCCCAGAAAGGGGGGUCCAAGGGCCGGCGGUGUGGACCCUGCAGACUGCGGGGGCGGUCCAGCUGCCCCUGAGAACCACGGAGAAAGGGCCCUAGGAGCUGAAGGAGCGUGAGGGAGGGAGGAAGGGAGGGAGGGGGCCAUCCCGGUGGACAGCCAAGGUCACGCCCCCCACCCGCUGCCUCACUUUACAGACCUUUGUUCUGGAUCCGCUGAACGCAACUGCGCCUUACUCACUCACGCCACUAACCCCAGCCGGGCGAAAGCAGCCCCGGGCCCGGCCUUCCAGACUCUUUCUGCGAACCUUAUUUUUAUACUCCAGGUGGCACAGGGUAAAGGAGGAAGGGAAGGCCGAUUUCUCCCCGUUUCCCUACUGCUUGACCACGAUCCGGUUGCGCUUUGGGAUCCAUUAAGGGAAUUGGGGGCGUUACUUUCAGGCCCCUCCAAAGCUGACUUCUUGGUGCCGGGGAGUCCAAGGGCUGAAGCCCGAAUGAUAACGGGAGUGCCCCCCAGGGAGGGGGAGGCGCCUCUCGGGGGACUCUGUGCCCCUGUCUGGAGAGGCCGUCCUCUGGGAUAGCUUACCCUUAAAUUUGGCUCCCCAGGCGGUAGCUUUUUUUUCGACCUUUUGGGGUCCGCCUUGGCACCUCCCCCCCAGCCUGUUCCGGGGCUAGAGUUCAGCUCAAAGCCUGCGAUUCCCCCUUCCUUCCUUGCCUCCCCUCCCGCCCAAGGUAGGGGGGAAGAAAACCCACUAGCCUGCCCCUUCCACGCUGGGAGGGUUUGGGAAUGGCUCCUCCUGCCAAGUAUUUUGUAUUCCCAGAGAUGCUGAAGAAAGAAGUGUUCUCAUUCCAAAGAAUCAGUGUUAACUUGGGGAGACUAAUUGCCUCCUGCCGGCGGGGGCCGAGACCCUGGGCUUGAUGGCCAAGGGCUGGGUUGGAGGAACUCCGUCGCCUGCUUGUAGCUGGAGACGCUGCAGCUCUCGCCCUCCGGCUGAGCUGUGACCAGCGCCCCCUCCCUCUCUUGCCGGGGAGAACAGCUGCCCUCUUCCUCCAAAGAGAAGGUGGCUUCAGAGAAGGUGGCUUCAGGCGGCAAGAGGGCACCCCUUUGCAGCCUUUUGGACUUGUGUCUCAAAGUAGGAGCAGGCUGCUGGGGAGGGGCUGUACGUGGAAUGGGGGUGAGCUGGGGAGGGGUGCGUCGUGACUGCUUUGGGAUGGAGCGAAGCAGGACAAGCGAAUACCGCUUCUUAUUCGACCCAGCACUGAAUGUUACCUGUAACCUGUGCUCAGUAAAAGGUUUCAAUGUUCCCCUGUCCUGAUUCCUCACUGAUGCGGCACGGUUUGCCCUGGUUUCAAGCCUAGGUGUAGCAUGGGGGUCGGGAGUGGGCUGGGGACCCUUCCUGAUUCUGCCUCUACGUCAGCGUCACAUACGCACCUCCCACCCGAGACCUGGCUUCGUUUUAGUGAUGGGUCUAACCCACCUCCUCAUCGGCCCUCAGUUUCCUCCCACGUAAAAUACAGCUUCUGAGGCCCCAGCCAGCCCUGACAUUCCCUGUUCUAAAGCCACCCCAGCUUCUAGCUCCAGCUCCGUCUGUGCUCCCCAGAGCGAUAGUCUUUGUUCUCUAAAACCCCUCCCUAUUCUAACAACCUUUGUUUUAAAGGCCCUCCCUCCUUUGACAGUCUGGGAUUCUGUGUGUCUGAGGCUUCCCAGGAUUGCUGGAGAGAGGGAGACCUGACUUCCUUCCUAGUCACUUCCUGGGUUAAGCAGCCCAGGGAAAGGCAGUGUGGGAAUAGGAGGAGGAGCGGGCACAGGCAGGAGCUGGGUCCAGCCUGGCUGGGGGCGCAGGAUCUGAGUCAGGUCACUCGGAGCCAGGAGGGCAAGACCAAGCCAUGGAAGGGUGAGAACCCAGCUGACGGCAGCAAACCCGGUGCUGGAUGAGGCUCCGAGCCUCUCCAGCCUCUCCAAAGAGCAUUUCAGAGUUGGGAAACACAUUCACAUCUCUGCCUCAUCUUACUAUCACAGUAUUGCUUUCUCCUCUCUGCGUCUUUUUUUCUCCCUCGUGAAAGGAUGGUGUUCGACACAACCCUGAUUGAUUCGGGAUGCACCGUGAGGAGACAGCCUCAGAGCACAGAGCACAAAUUCCCGCUUUGGACAGCUUUUUGGACACACCUAGCCAAAGGGGAAUUUGGUUUGCGGGGCCACGGUUCUCUGUUACAAAAAGCAACAGGUGUGGGGGUGAAAUGUUAAAUGAAAUGGUUGAUAAGUACAAAACUAUAGGAGUUCGGGGUGCUUCAGAUGCCAUUUGGUCCAAGUUUACUUGAAAAAAUUUUGCUUGGGAUUUUUUUUUUCAUUACCCACUAUAAAAUGUCAGAUUGGGAAAAGUAGCUUUGGGAAUUUUUAGUUGAAUUAAAAAAACAUUGUUUUCAUGAA